AUGCCGUUGAAAUUAAACAAUGUCACAGUGCUAACCAAUGCAUUGACUGGUUUACCAGUCUUGUUGAACUCAAUAGACAGUCUAAGUUCUCCGCGAUGUCACAGUCACCAGCUUAUGUCAAUGGCAAGACAAGUUAACGCCUCACUGUGUGCUCUAGGGGGUUUCCAGGAAAUGAUUAAACCAGGCUGCCAAGUAGAGGUGGCGGGAGAGGUUGACAAUUCUACGGGUACAGUGGUCAACAUGUCUCAGCAGACUGGUAUGGUUACUAUCCAGUUAGACCCUGACCCUGAGGGAACUUACUCUCCUAGGUAUUCUGAUACCAUCCAGGUGCCAUUUAGCAGGGUACAGCCAUGUAGAAAUAGAAUGUUCAGUAGUCGGCAGUUGUCAAUGACAGAUGCUAUAGUAACAGCAAUGCAAGCCAUCUUGUUACCUCAUGAUGACAACAAUUCAUCUUUGCAACAAGUGCUCCCAUUGGCUGAUGAUGGUAACAGCAUGUCCAAUCAGAUUUGUCGUGUUGUAGCUGAGCUUGAAACAAGGGCAUGUACUGUGCUGGCACUGUAUCUCCAGGAUAUUGACUUCACAAAGGAGUUUAUACAGCAUUGUGGAUCCACUAUUGAUAUGCUCAAAUCACUCGCCAAAGACUGCAGUACAGGUGCUAGAAAGCUGGUGGUAGAAUCUCACUGUGAGAGACUGAGGACGCUGUAUAGAGAUUGUGCCAAACCUCCACCUCCACCAAGUAAAGUUGACAACAGGAACAAGGAAAUGACAUGGGACACAAGCCGUAACUUUCCACCAGUGAGGGCAUGUCUUUUCUCCCAUAAUCUGAAUGGAGUAACCUUUCUUGGGGACCCUAGUGCUGGGAGCGGUAUGCCACGAGGAACCAUGGUGUAUGCUAAUAUACCUAUACCACUUCAGGCACCAUCAUUUUACUGGGAAAUGGAGAUCUGCUCGUUCGGAGAUAGUCAAGAUGAGAGUUCAGCUUACGUUUCAUUUGGUUUUGCUCCGCCAGCAGAGAAGAAAGAUGGAGCCUGGACAAAUCCCAUUGGAACUUGUCUCUUUCUGAAUAAUGGUAAGGCAGUACAUUACAAUGGAGCCAGUCUGCUACAGUGGCGUAGUGUAAGGCUUGACUGUACAGUCGGGGUCGGGGAUAUCGCUGGUAUCGGCUGGGAGAGAACCAGCGACCCGCCAGUUCAGGGCGAGACACCUAAAGGCAAGGUAUACUUCACGUUCAAUGGAAGGAGACUUCAACCAUGGAUAGAUGAUGUUGCCGGAGCUAUGUAUCCAGUUGUUCAUAUACAGAAAAAGUCAACCAGAGUAAAAGCAAAUUUUGGUGCAAGGCCAUUCGCGUUCGCAGAAGGUCAACAGCAUAGAGAGGCAGCGGAUGAAGCUGAUGACCUUACACGGGAGAUUAGAGAGAGUUUUGGACAUCUUCCGUUCCACUCGACCUCAGACAGUGAAAGUGAGGGAGCUGUGACAGCUCCUUCUACUCCGAGCAACCUUAGUGAAGUGAAUGAAUUAAAUGUUCCUGCAGGACCAUCUUGUAAAACAGUACCAAUUCCUAAACCAUUGAAAGAGUACAACCCAGAAAACUGCAGGUUCUAUAAGCUAUUCCAUUCCUAUGACAGCAUGAUUACAACAGGCCCUGACCCAAAGGCACAACUGCCGGCACAGGACACACUGUCGGACGAGGAGUCGAAUGAAGAGGAACAGACAAAUGAAGACCAUUAUGCCCUGCUGGUGAAGGCUUGGGAGCAGAAAGUAUUCCCUGUUAUUAGAAGGAGAUUUAGGAAUGAAGCUGAGAGAAAAGACGGCUUGGAACAGAUAAAAGGGGCAUUGCAGCUUGGUAUGACAGAUAUUGCCAGACAGACAGUUGAAUUUCUGUAUGAAGAAAAUGGUGGCAUGCCACGUGAUCUUCACCUUCCAACCAUCGAUGACAUUAAGGAAGACCUUGCUAAGUUUACCAUAGAUCGUGUCAGAAAGGGUACGACAGUGGUGAUACGAGGUCCCACUGGUAGUAGUGCUAGUGGAACAACUGUGUUACCAAAGUUUGCAGUUAGAUCUAUGCUGAAAACCUUCGGACUUACAGGAACUGUUCUUGAUGUUGAAAAUUCAAAUGAGCUGGUGCAAGUUGAGACAUACCUGCGUAGUGAAGGUGUCCUGGUAAGAUACUGGUACCCAUUGAACAUGUUGGAACGCCCUCCACAGGGAAUGAGGAAAUCCACAAUUACAGGAGGUCAGAUACUGGACACCAGCAAUGUCAACAUACAUAAAGAACUGAUAAGGUCAGAAAGGACACUGGCAAGAAUGUACUGCCGAACAGCGUUACUUAAACUGAUUGAUCACUGUAACUCUUCAGCAAUGGAGGUGAUUUCUUGUUCCUCCAGUCUGGCUUCAGGAAUGGAGGCAAGUGCAGCUCUGUUGCAGGAACUGGACAUCGAGAACAUACAGUUGUUGUCAAACGAGUUACUGCGGGCACCACAGCCUCAUGGUACCAUCAAGGCAAAGUCUUUAAUGUUGUGUGACUCAUCAAAACACUGUCUGGCUGCCCAGAGCUGCUCCUUGUCAGACCUGAUGUACGAAAAUGUUGACAGAUUAAAGAAAGAGCUGGCUAUAGCCAUAGCAAGAGCUGCUGGCCAGGGAGAAGAUUACUUGUUUGAAUUGACCAAUCAGAUUUGUGCAUGUCUGCAGACUGCCCCGGAGAUGUUUCCAUAUGAAGAAUUUCCAGUGACAGAAAGCAAAGUGCAGACAGAUAUAUACUUCCCGGGAGCUGCGUGUCUCGUUAUCUCAUGUAAAACUGAUCCUAAAGCCACAAAGAAAGAGACAUCAUUGUACAAAUCUCCUUGGGCACGGAUAUAUUGUUACACUGGUCAGAGAAUCAAGAAAACUGGACAAGUAGCGAAGCAAGAGGUGGUUAGCUAUCCCCGGGACACGUCAUCAACCAGUAACCAUGCUGAACAGUACACGCCUGCAAUAAUCCCCUGUGACUGCAUUCACAUCAAAGUGGGAGUGUCACCACCCCCUGGGGUCAUCAUUACUAUCCAUGCUUUGCCACCUCAGUUCUUACUGUCCUUGACAUACAUUGAAACAUUGAUCACCGAGAAACAUGGAUGUGGUACAAAAAGCUGUGUUCCACUAAAACAGGAUGAUCCCAACCCUUGGGACAUACCGUCUUUCUCUCAGAGCCAGUCUAAAACAGAAACAAAACUUAUAGAUAAAGAUCCGAAUGGAAGUUUGUGGAAUCUGGACAAUAUUGUAAUAACACCACCAGUAUUUAGUCACAUGAUCGAACAAAUUUGUCUCUACCUGUGGAGAACAGACGUUCCAGCUCUAGUAAAAGAAUAUAUAUUUCACCAGUUAGCACAGUCAGUCAGGAUUUAUCACUACAGUGAGGGAGGAAAUGGUACCCGGCUCCCCUCACCACAGCCCCAUCUCAAUGUUAACACUGGGCUGAUGGUGCUGUUACAGUCUGAGUUAAAGAUUUUGUACGAGACGGAGACAAAGGGCUGGGAGACUAGGACCACACCUAGUGGAACGGGCAUUGGUAUCGGGGUAACAGACCAGGGUAAAUUUUCAACAUAUUUCCAUGCUCUGCUGGAACUUAACCUAGCAGUUGCUGAACUGAACAAACCGACUGGAAGAUCAAAGGGCGGAGACAUGGGUUUAAGCCUAGAAAUGGUGCCUCGUCCACCAACCAGUCCAACCCAUACGUCAAGAAGAAAGAAGUUGAAAACAAAACGUGACAGGCGAGAUAGUGCACAGAAGAGAGAUGAGGCUCGAAGAGCAAGUGAAAGUGAAGUACAGGAAUCUGGACAGCCAGCUUCAACCUCCUCAUCGGCAUCAAGUUUGUUGUCGCUUGUGUCAUCAGUGAGUGAUCAGAGUGCUGCUGCAUCCACCUCAGGAGCCACUGGCUCAUCUUCUACAAGUCAAGACAAAGAUGUCAAAGACAAAGAUAAGGAGGCCAAGGAGUCAAAGACCUCCACUAAACUUGCUAAACCCGAAGAUGAACUUUGGUUACACAGAGCUCUUAUUGUGUCUCACAUCUUACGAUGUCUAGCGUUUAACGAGAAGAAUGGAAUGAUAGCGCUGGUGAAUGCAAUUGCAGAUGCUCAUCAAGUUCUUAAUGCAGUAACUGCACAUCAAAGAUUAGUGAUCAUAACUGGAAUUCCAACAACUCUUGAACCGGAAUUCGUUAAACAAGCUUUACGAUCAAUAUUUAAAUCCAAUGGAGGAGUGGAUAGGGACGAAAUAUUUUUGCCAUAUCAGACCGUAGAAACAGUUCAAGUUAAAGAAGUUGUUCUUAAAGACGAAGCAACAGGUGAGACUGUUACAAAACAAGUAAAAGAUACAAGUGAACAGAAUGAACGAGGUAAGACAGACACUACUGAAGAAAAAGAUGAGUCGAAAAAUGUUCAGACAGCAGAAGGAAGUGCUGAAAGUUCAGCUGACAAAAAAGAAGGCAGUGAAACAGAACUGAAAAAGGAAAUAAAAAGGGAGAUGAAAUUAAACGGUUAUGCAGUUGUGUCAGUAAUGUCGAAAACCAAAGUUGAAAAUAUCAAAAAGAGUUUGAUCAAAAGCCAGGCAUUAUUUGAAGGUGCUUCUUUAGAACAGGAUGAUCCCAUUGAGGUUCCAACGAUAACAACUGUUGGUCCAAACCUUAUAGCAGAGGAACAGUCAAAUGAACCUUUAGAAAAAUAUUUACAAUUCAAAUUUUUCCAGGAUAAAAACCAGAUUGAGAUUUGUGACAGUGCCACAGUGGCUCUUACAGAGAUUUUUACUAGUUGUUUUAUAGUAGAGCAAAAGCACGGGUCUCCAGAAUUUAGACAGGAGUCAGGGUACAUUUGUCUAAGCAAGGAACAGAUCUUACAACACACCCCGGAGAACUUGUUGUGUGCAUUUUUCAGUAAUAUUCGACCUCCGAAGAAGUCAAUCCCAGAGCAGGUGUUACAAGUGUUGAGGAGAUAUGGGAUAGUCUUUAGUCCAGAUAAAGAAGGGCAGGGUAAGGGUAAAGGACGUAAACCACAGAAAAGUGCUAAGGAGAAGAUGAUGGCAACAACAGAAAAACCCAGUCCUAAAGAAAAGAGGUCGAAGGAUAGAUCUGCAGGGGAGAAAUCAGAGAAAGAAGAAACCCCGGACCCAGAUAAACCUGUCAAGACUUCGAGCACAGAAAAAGAAGAACGUCAUUGCUUGACAUUAGAUGGAUUCCUGCAGUAUGUAGCAGACCAAGUUAAACAAGAUGUGAGAGGUGUGUGGAGGGCUAUUCUUGCUUGUGGAUUCGAUAUCCACUUUGAAAGAUGUGCCUGUCUGGAUAACAGCCAAGCCCAGCAAAUGGCCAGACAGUGGACUCUAGACAUGGAUGCCGCUCUGACCCAGUUUGUGAACUCAUUCUGUCGAAAGUUAGCAGUAACUCCUGCAAGGAUACACCCACAUGAGAUUAGAAUUACACCAUCAGAACUUGCUAGUGAAAAGUAUUCCUGUCUUCAAGGAGUUCCAGUUGAGAGUAUACGGCUGAGAUUUGCUUUCCUUCAAUCUUUGAACAACACACUGGAAACAUUUUUCCUACCCCUGAUUGACCUCCGACCCUGGCAGACAUACAACCGAAGCACUGCGGCGCUGCUCUCUAAAAUUCGAGGUCUGAUCUUCUAUGACACAAAAUGCUGUUUAAUGAAUAGAAUACUAAAUGCUACUGCCAAGAGAAAACCUGAUCAGGCAGCACCUGAGAUAACUCUUGAUCCACUGGAGGACAUCGGAGAGGAGCAGGAGAAUUCUGUGAAUACAACAUAUUGUCAGGCAUACAGACAGCUAUCUCAGAUCCCAUCUAGUCAGUUAUGUGUUCGUUUAGCAUGUGGUGGUGACCCAACAUACUCGUUUAACGUGAAGUUCACUGGAGAGGAGGUUCAUGGAACAAGUGGUUCCUUCAGGCACUUCCUGUGGAAAGUUGCGAGGGAGAUUCAAGAUCCGAUAUUGAACAUACUGGUUCCCUGCACAGGUGCUAACUACAGAGGAAGAUGUCUGCUGAAGCCCGGCUUAUUGACUGUAUCAGAGGAGAAACUAGUCAUGUUUUUUGGGCAGUUACUUGGAAUCACAAUAAGAGCAGAUAUCCCAAUUGGUUUAGAUCUGAUGGCGUCAUUUUGGAAAUCUCUGGUUGGAGUGUCUGUAGAUACAGUGGUAGACAUAAAAGAGGCAGAUCAACUUACAUACAGUUACUUGAAGAAAAUUGAAAUGGUUGAAACUGAAGGAGAGUUACUUGCCCUUUGUGCUGACGUAUAUCCAAGAUUUGUCUACCCUUCAUUAUCUGGUGAAGAGGUAGAACUUGUUCCACAUGGAAGACACAUUGUAGUGAGUUGGGAGAAUAGACAGCAGUACAUUAAUGCAAUACGAGAACUGAGAACGAAGGAGUUGUUAAACAGGAGGAGAAUACAGGCUCUUAGGUCUGGAUUGGCCACCAUCAUACCGCUACAACUUCUUGUGAUCAUGUCACCUGCAGACUUGGAAAUGAGAACUUGCGGACUGCCAUACGUGAAUAUUGAAUUUUUGAAGGCCCACACAAUGUACCAAGUAGGCCUGAUGGAGACAGACAGACAUAUACAGUACUUCUGGAACACCUUGGAAGGCCUUAGUCAGGAGGAUUUGUGCUGUUUUAUCAAGUUUGCUUGCAACCAGGAGAGAAUUCCACAGACUUGCCCCUGUAAGGAUGGAGGUAGCGAUACCGCUCAUGUUCCGCCAUAUCCAAUGAAAAUAGCUCCCCCAGAUGGUCAAGGAACAGCAGAUCAAAGAUAUAUUCGAGUAGAAACAUGCAUGUUUAUGAUCAAAUUGCCGCAGUAUUCUAGCCAGGAGAUUAUGACCCAGCGACUCAUGUAUGCCAUACAUUGCCGUGAGGAUCCUCUCAGUGGAUAGGAACUAGCUAACAUUUUAUGACGCUGCUUGAUGCCAUAAAAACUCACUUAGUGGAUACAGCCUGUUUUAAGGUUUUAUAAUUGCUAUUUGUUGCCAUGGAGAUACAGUUAGUGCAUAGCAACCCACUUUAAGAUUUUACAGUUCAUACCAAAAGUUGCUGAAUGUUGCCACAGAGAUUCAUUUAAUGAAUAGUUACCCACUUAAUGUUUAAUACAGACCUAAAACUGUAAUGGAAAGACACAUAGAGGAUUGCAACAUGCUCAAAGGUUUAAUAACACAAACACACUAAACUUUGAUAUUUAUUUAAUAACACAGAUUUAAUAUCCUCUGUUUUUGCCAUGAAAAUGGAAAGUAGUGGAUAUUGACUUUCCUUUGCACAUUGCUGUCGUAUUCAUCCACUUUCAGGAAGAACCAGUUUGCUGGUUGAAUUGAGAGCAAUUUAAGCAGAAUAACCAGUUUUAAAUUAGAAGUUGUCUUUCAUAUAAGAUUGUAAACUAGAAGGAAGCUGAAUUUUAUUAUCAUCAAAUGGUAAUAAAUUUCAGUGUAAUAUUUGAGAUUGUAGACUAGAUGUUGUAGAAUAGAUAGUCCGAUAUAAUCAUAUUCUUAUGGAGAAGUCUUUCAUGAGAUUUCAACACUUUCAAAAAGGGUAUGGUUGUUUUAUAUACCAUAUAUUCCCUUAUUAAUGUACCCUGGGCAUUAUUUUUUUUUGCAAAAGGGAACUGUUAAGAAUUACCUCUUUUACAUGCUUGUGGUAAAUAGAAGCUAUAAAUUGAACUUCUAAUGAAAUUUAACAAUUAAAGCUCUACCAUAGUGCUGGUAUUUACUUUCAACCUAAAUUAAUUUCAAAAGAAGAAAAAAAAAAAUAGGAAAAUAAUAUAUGGGUGGGCUUGUUCAUAGGAGGGCAUUAAAUAGCUAAUAUAUGGUAUACAUAAUUAAAAAUGUGUGUGAAAAGUUUUUGGACGGCAUACAUUGAUGUAGGUAAGUGAUAAAAAUGAAAACGUAAUAAUAUUGCAAUUGUCUUUCGCCCUCAAAAACCGAUCGAAACUGAAAACUUGUAAAGGAGUUCAAUGUUCUGCUGUUCGAACAAAUAGUGUUCAAUUUAGAUGUUUUUUAAAGAUAUUAUUUCUAAAGUUUUGCUUGUUUAGGUGUCACAAAAAAUUGUAGAAUGUUUUGACUGUAUACCAGUAUGAUGUGUUUAAAUUAUUGAUUUGUUUGGCUUUUUUUGAGUGUGAGAAAUCAUGGUUAUGAGAUACUUAGUUCAUUUCUCAGCAGUGGUUGUGUUUAGUGUUGCUUGAAUAUAAGGGGAACAAAAGCUGUACUUCAAACAAAAGCGCUGUUUUCUGGUGUAACUUUCUUCUAUGUCACUGUCUACUAAGUAGUACAUCUGUGUCAUGUUUGAACAGUAGGUUGAGUAGAAGUACUGAAGGGACCCUGUGGAGUGGUUGAGGUCACUGCCUUCAAAUUGCUUCAUAUCACUACUCUUUCUCUGAUGUGAGUUCGAAACCUUGUAGAAUUCUUUCAUUCGAAGAAGCCGUCCAUCUGGCUUUUCUAUCCAGGGGUAUCUGCUGCCUAAAAUAAUGCUCUUAGGGCCCAUCAUCAAAAGUUUGAAAAUUGCCGUAUGACCUGUAAUUGUGUUUGUGUGAUGUCAAACCCAACAAAACCAAUGAAACAAGACAGAUGAUGUCAGGGGUGUGAUGAGGUUGAGGAUCAUCUGUCUACUAGAAUAAAAUGUAUAAUGUUUCAAAAGAUUUUCAGUAUUUCUUUUCAUUUAUGUUCAGCUCCCUCACUUGGAAAGUGACCUGAAUAAUGUAAACAUAUAACAGUUAAAUCAGGAUUGUUACUUAACUAGGAUGUGUAUAAUAAUAGAUAUGUAAGCUUUCGUAUUUGCACAUGGGAUGUUCUACCUUAGAAGUGUCAGGUACUGCAAUAUUUUUUGAUAAAAGUUCAAAGCAAAUUAAGUUUUGAAUGAAGUUACCGGUAUUAAUUUUCUGCUUGAAACUUUUUUACUAGAUUGUUUACUGUACAAACGGACCAUUUUUAGUGCUUAUUUUGCAGCCUUUUUUCAAGUUUUGUUGAAGUUGCUCUAUGCUGAGUGUUUUUUUUUUUACCAUAUCUAAUUACUGUAAACUGUUGUGUGUAUAUUUCACCAGUUGUAUAUUUCUCUAUCACUCUUAGGUAUUUUAUAAUUAUCAAUGUUUAGGUAUAUAUUAAUUAUCUUUUGUUGUUAGUUAUUAUAUUGAAUAUUGUUGUUGUUAACUUUAAGACUCUAUAGAUAGAAGAUGAUAAUUUGGCAUUUGAUGGGGCUUAAAGGCACUUGUCUCCAGAUUUACUUCAAAAUAUUGUAACUUUUCCCUCAAAAUAUCUCAGUUUUCAAAAACAAGCUUCAGUAUAUUAGAAGUUUUAAAGGACAGUGAUUAAAAAAGAUAUGUUUGCUGUAUGUUACAAAGUAAAAACUAAAAUUCUUGUACAUUUCAUCCUAGUUUUACAAUGAAACGGAGUAAAAUGUUUCAGUAUAUUUUAAAAUUGAACUACUGUUUUCAUAAAUUAUAGUAGUAUUGCAUGAAACUGACAUUUUCAUUCUACUGUAUAGUCAACCUUUUCUUUAGAAUUAUUAGCUUAUAAACAUUGUUUCUCAGUUCUAAAAAAAUGGCAUAAAUCUGGAGUUGUGCCCCUAUAAGUAAGGAUAAAUCUGAUGUUAUAAUUGAGUAAUCAGCUGAUUGAUUGUGUAGGAUUGACCUACUCUGACUUUGUAUGCUUAUGUUGAUAUCUUUGUAAUGUAUGCAGAUGUCAGAUUAUCAUCUGUUAUCUAUACUUGUACUAUAGUGAUACACUGUGAUUGUUAGUUCUUGUGAUAAAACUGCGUAAUAAAUACACCAUAUAAAAGC